AUGGCUGGGAUUCCAAAUGCCAGUCUGCAUGGCCUCAGCAAUGCUGAUGGCUCCGCAACAUACAGCGCUCCCAAUAAUGGUUACAAAAUCGUGGCCGGCGUCAACUACCCGGUGGAAGUACCAUUUCGAAGUGACGAGAUUCCUGAAUCCACUUUCAUUGAGGUGAAUCUUCGGCCACACAAUGGUGUGAGCAUGAUCAAGGAGCGACAUGUCGAGGAGCUUGUCAAGCGGACUCUUGGUACCAUCAUCCUCGCCAAGGAGACUCCCAGAACUAUGCUCCAAAUCACUCUUCAAGUGGUGAGUGUUGAGAUCGACGAAAGCUUGCCUGGAGGUAUCAAAGGUGGUGGCCAAGGUGAGAGUUAUCUCGAUGUCCUCGCUUCAGCAAUCAACGCUGCUGUCCUCGGCUGUCUCGACGCAGCUGUACAGAUGAAAGGGGUGGCCGGAGCCGUGCUCGUUGGUGUCGACCCAGAUGGAGGACUCGCCGUCAGCCCUGGCAUUCUGCAGCGGAAAAAGUGUACGAGUCUGCAUGUCUUCGCGUUCGGCAGCGACGGCAAGACAUUGCUUAUGGAGAGUGAUGGCAGGUUCACCCUGGAGGAUUUCAAGACAGCGGAACAAGUUGCCAGGGUAGCAGUGCUUGGAUCCGAUCACAGCACCAAUGCAGUCGACAUCAACAAACAGGACGGAGAUGUUGCUAUGAACGGACGUGACACAAAUGGAGACUCGCCUAUCUGCGUGCUAGAUGUGGUGAGGAAAGCCAUGCAAGGCCGGGUGAUUAAGGAUGAGAACUGGCGACAGGAGUCUUGA